UUAAAAAUCGCCAUCGGGGCUAAAAUUAAGGGCUUAACUUCCGUGUUUAACAAAUUACAUAGAGAGUACACGUCAAACAUACGUUACGUUUCGUGUAAAAUUGAUACACACUUUCGAAUUGAAUUUUCCAGAACACCACCUUUUGAUAUGUAUUAAUAUUUAACCUUCAGUUAAAAUAAUAAGGAAUAAAAGUGAUAACAAUCUUUGAACGGAUAAUUUUUUAAAGAUUGAACUAUAGUAAUUAAAUGAUAAAUUUAAAUUAUAACUAAAUCAAAAUAUUUAUUUAUAAACCAUGCGGGACGUUGAACGGAAGUGUAUGUCAUGCAUAUUCCUGGGAAUCGGGCUAUUUGCGGUGGUAUCUUGUCAAAUGUUUGAUAAAAAGCCGACAAUAUAUGAUCACAUGAAGAGUGGUGCCAACACCGUCAAAUCAAACCUGAUAGAUUCGGAACUUAAAAUUGAAAAUAUGUUUUUACCAGAAGAAUGUAAAAUAGACGAGGACGAUUUUUACGGAGAUCGAGGAGCUGAAAUAGCAGCGGCUAAAGCGAGACUUCGGCUGAUCAAAGCAGAGGAAGGCGAUACGGUUACUUUGCAUUUCAAAAUUAUACUUGAAGCAGACGGUACAGUUAUAGACAAUUCUAUCCAUCCAUCUGAAGAGCUCGGUGGUGAGGAUAUAGAAACACCAGCAGUAUUUUCUCUCGGCUACGGACUCGUUAUUCCUGGCUGGGAAAUAGGAAUCACAGACAUGUGUGUUGGGGAAAUAAGAAAGAUAACAAUUCCUCCCCAACUUGCAUACGGAUCAAAAGGAUACAAAAAGAAAAACAUCCCACCUGAUGCGACUUUAGAAAUUGAAACAAGACUUGUACACCUAAAGAAAAAAGACAUGGUUGAUCAUUAUAUGGACUUUAUUCACAAUCUCCACGUGUACGCGUUCUUUAUUCUCGGUCUUACGUUCCUUUUGUCCGGUUACUACAAGGGGAAAAUUGCGGAGAAGCGUAGACUGUAUCGAGAGAUAGAAGAAAGGAAACAAAGAAGAGAAGAAGAGGAAAAAGAAAAACAAGAAUAGCAGUCAUAAUAUAAAAUUACAUUAAUUAAUAAGAUUUGCGAGAAGUGAACAAUACAAGGUCUUUUUAUUUAUCUCAGUUAUAGCUAUUUAUCUCAGUUAGCGAGGGAAUAACUCUUUUUUUACAACAAAAGUCUCCAAAUUUUCAUGUGAAAAUAGAAACAAAUCGGUUUUAUAGUUUCGAGAUUUGAGUCAAAUUUUAUAAAAUAGACAAACAGAGAUCAAUUGGUAUUUAAACUAAUGCAAGAGUUUUCGUGAAUGGAGGGGGCGUAACUUAGGCGGGGCGGGAGGGGGCUACUUUAACCGUAAGAUAUUUAUGUUACUUAUGUUGCCAUUUUCCUUCUAUAAAGGUUUCCCAUUCGUCGAUCGUUUGUUCGUAUAAUUUCGGUCAACUUCGUCACUUUCCGUAACAUG